AAUAAUAAUACAAGGAAAUGCAAGAUUAUAUUUGCCACUCAAUCUGGAACUUCACAAGAGGUGGCGGAGAGACUGUCGAUGGAUGUUUAUGGACAGAGUGGUGUGGCCACAUCAGUGCUGGACAUUGAACAGUAUGACUUUAAGAUGAUGUUGCCAAGGGAGAGAUGUGUGGUGUUUGUAGUGUCGACUCAGGGCCAUGGCGACGUGCCAGAUACCAUGCGCGACUUUUGGAACUUCUUGCUCAUUCGCUCACUCCCAACCAAUGCGCUGGCAGGCCUCAACUUUGCCGUGCUGGGACUGGGCGACUCGUCAUACACCACGUACAACUUUGCCUCGAAGAAGCUCACACAGCGACUGCUGUCGCUGGGCGCCAAGCAGAUGGUGCGACGCGGUGACGCUGACUACCAACACGACCUGGGCAUCGACUACGAAGUCGAGCGAUGGACAAAAGAGCUGACUGACAAGCUCAUCGAUAUGUAUCCCGUGCCCGCCGACUUUAAACCAUUGGACAAGACAGUGUUGCAGCCUGCCAAGUACAAACUUGUGUAUCUCAAUGUCCCUGACCAAGUUUCCAAGAUGUUAACAAUGGUCGCGACUACUCAAUAUCAAUAUGGUACACUUGUCAAGAACACGCGAAUCACUGGUGCAGACUGGACACAAGACGUCAGACAUCUCGAGAUCGACAUAUCAACAACAUCAUUGGAG